AUGGAUACUAGUUCGCCGCACACCGAUAACCUUCCACCGUCGGCUCUCUCCGCAGAAGAAUUACAGCACCUUGUUCUGGGCCAUGAUGCAAAGCUGAAAUCACAUCAAUUUGCACUUGAAUCCUUUAUGCGCAGACAGGAUGCGACAACGAAGGACAUCAAGGAUAGCCUUGCUUUGCUUCUUGCGGCAAGCCGCAACCGCGGGAAAGAACCGCCUGACCCCACCCCUCUCUCGCCUACAGGUCGUGGCUGGAAACUUCCGACUUCUCACGUGUUACCACCGCAGGGCAUCGUGCCGGAUCCACUACCGCGGGUUCGUCUGGAACCGCCCAGAUUCAACGGGGAGCAUGCUGUGGACUGGAGUCGGAAUAUCCAGAAAUAUUACAAUCAUCACUACACGCCGCUCGUGGACUGCCUCCACCUCACGUCAUAUCUUUUUGAUCAUCCGACAUCUAAGUGGCUUACUUAUUGGGAGGAAAAUUGCAAGAAUAAGACGUGGGACGACUUCCUGUUGGCAGUCAAAUACCGCUUUGAUCCGGACCUUUACGUCGACUAUGUGGGCAAACUAGCCACGCUCCGCCAGACGUCGACCAUCGAGGCGUACCAGACCGAAUUUGAGGAAAUUACGCAGAACGCACCGCAACUCGGGGAUGACACGCUGAUGUCAUUAUUCAUAGCUGGUUUACAGGAUUCCUUCAAGCAUGAGUUGCUGACAAAACGUCCAGUGUCGCUCAACGAGGCAUUCGCCUUAGCACAACAACUAGCCGCCAACCACAAGCUCUCAGCGCCGCCAACUGUGCAACACAAACCACAGUGGGGAGACGGUGAUUCUCGCCAACGGCAACCACCGACCCUAACAACGGCACCACCUCCUCGACCAGCGCAGAUGCCUCAAGGCCGAUCAACGGGAACACAGCCGGAUCAACCGCGUCGGAACGGCAUACCAGUCAGGCGGAUUUCAGCCGCAGAUCGUCGGGAACGGACCAGGCAAGGCCUUUGUUGGUAUUGCCCCGAGAAAUACACCCGAGAUCAUAUGUGCAGUGAGGUGUUCUACGCCUUAAUGGGCAGGGACGACGAGGACGAUCAGCCGGAGGACGAGCCCGCCCUCCUUCACGAUGCUGACGAACGUUUGGACGACGAUGGAGAGAAUAUGGUAAUCACGGGGGACGUCUCCAGUAUCCAUGUUAUCAGCCCUAAGAUCAAACCGCGUUCGAUCCGUCUGCAAGGGAAGAUUAAUGAUGCCUCGAUUUCAGUCCUGAUUGACGGCGGAAGCACGCACAACUUUAUUCAACCAUCCGUCGCAGAAAAGCUAAGUCUUUGUGUCCACCCCAUCAGUCCGUUUCGAGUUUUUGUGGGUAACGGAGAGUCGUUGCGUUGCUCUCACGCGUGCCUUCGUACGCCUAUUACUAUGCAGGGCUACUCGUUCGAAAUAGACCUCUUCAUAUUACAGGUUAAUGGCCCUGAUGUGAUUUUGGGGGUGCAAUGGUUACAGGAACUCGGCGAUGUCACUAAGAACUACCGGAAUCUCACCAUGAAGUUUGGUUUGGGUGAUCACGACAUUUUCCUCCAAGGCGAGGGAGCGACUUCGCAACAGAUUUCAUAUAAUAACCUGUUUUCGCUCAUUGGUCAGGAGCCGGAAUGUGAGUUAUUUGAGAUGGUGUCAGUCCCUCCGGAUUCUGAGCCACCAUCGACAGUGGAUACAACCCUGCCCCUUGACGCCACGUUGGCUGCAGUCAUAGAUAAAUUCAAGAUGAUUUUCUCUGUUCCGACAGAGUUACCACCACCUCGUGGUUGGGAUCAUCACAUUCACCUGGCACCCGACUCUACACCGAUCAACGUCCGUCCCUACCGCUAUCCAUACUUUCAGAAGACAGAGAUUGAGUGCCAAGACGCGCUCAAUGCAGCCACAACUCCGAACCAUUUUCCUAUACCAACGGAAGAUGAGCUAUUCGAUGAAUUGUGCAAAGCACAUGUGUUUUCCAAGUUGGACCUUCGCUCCGGCUAUCAUCAGAUUCGCAUGCACACUGCGGAUGUCCACAAGACGGCUUUUCGUACACACGAGGGACACUUUGAAUUUUUGGUGAUGCCUUUCGGACUGACCAAUGCCCCAUCUAUGUUCCAAGCGGCAAUGAAAUCCAUCUUUCAGCCAUAUCUGCGUCGGUUUGUGAUAGUAUUCUUUGAUGAUAUCUUAGUCUACAGUAGAUCGCUCUUGGAGCAUGCCGAGCAUCUAGCACAGGUGUUGCAAAUUCUAUCGGCUAAUUGUUUCUACGUGAAGCUUUCGAAGUGUGCCUUUGGUGUGGAUACGAUUGAUUACUUGGGUCACAUUAUUUCAGCAGGAGAACUUCGGGCCGACCUGACAAAGAUUAGUGCCAUGACUGCGUGGCCAACCCUACAACGGUGA